UUAGUGUGAGAGAAUCACUAUCUCCUACGGGGGAGGGAGGCCUUCCUUUCUACCAGUUCCUGCCGAUUGUCAAUUCCUUGGACGCCAUAUAUCCAUGAAUCCAUCUAGGGCGGCAAGCCAAGGCCAUUCUUUCAAACUCGCCGUAGUUAUUGUCGCAUAACCCAUCAUUUUUUUCGUUCAGUUCCUGAUGCACUAGCUGAUCGAUUGUAUACAAGAUGAACGACCUGUUCUCGUCGAGCUCGUUCAAGAAGUAUGCGGAUGCGAAUCCGCAGCCGUCGGCGGGAGACAUGGAGGCCGGCGGCGAGAACGUGGUGAACCUCGACAAGUUCUUCGAGGACGUGGAGGCGGUGAAGGAGGACAUGCGCGAGCUGGAGGGCAUGUACAAGCGCCUCCAGUCCGCGAACGAGGAGAGCAAGACGGCGCACGACGCCCGCGCCGUCAAGUCCCUCCGCGCCCGCAUGGACGCCGACGUCGAGCAGGUUCUCCGCCGCGCCAAGGCCGUCAAGGGCAAGCUCGAGGCCCUCGACCGCUCCAACGCCACCUCCCGCAAGGUCCCCGGCUGCGGGCCAGGCUCCUCUGCCGAUCGCACCCGCACCUCCGUUGUCGCCGGCCUCGGCAAGAAGCUCAAGGACCUCAUGGACGACUUUCAGGGGUUGAGGACGAGGAUGGCGGCGGAGUACAAGGAGACGGUGGCGCGGCGGUACUACACAGUGACGGGGGAGAAGGCUGAGGACAGCACGAUCGAGUCGCUCAUCUCAUCGGGGGAGAGCGAGUCGUUCCUGCAGAAGGCGAUCCAAGAGCAAGGGCGCGGGCAGGUGAUGGACACCAUAUCGGAGAUCCAGGAGCGGCACGACGCCGUGAAGGAUAUCGAGUGCAGCCUGAUGGACCUGCACCAGGUGUUCCUGGACAUGGCCGCGCUCGUGGAAGCGCAGGGGCACCAGCUCAACGACAUCGAGAGCCACGUCGCGCACGCCAGCUCCUUCGUGCGCCGCGGCACCGUCGAGCUGGAGACCGCGCGCGAGUACCAGAAGAGCAGCCGCAAGUGGAUGUGCAUCGCCGUCCUCGCCGGGGUCGUGCUCGUGGCCGUCCUCGUCCUGCCCGUCCUCGUCAACCUCCGCAUCUUGACGCUCCCCAGAUGAUUCAUCUCCGUGAUGUCGCGAUUCUCACUUCUUGUUGUUCUUGUCUCUUGAACCGUACUUCGUUUUACCAAGGAUUUCGGUUUUUUUUGUUUUGAGGGCUGUACCUUUUUCCUUCUUUUUUGGUAGAAAUAGUAGUGUUCAAAAGCAGGAACUACUAGAUUGAGAAGACAUGCUUGGGACGUCUGAAACUGUGACCUAUAGUGAUUAUACUGGUUUCGGUAUUUCGACAUUGAAGCCAA